AUGAUCUCGCCCGCGCGCGAGCAGGUCGGAGUCCUCCGAGCGGUCCCGAGCGGUCGCCCCGGCGAGUGCUCCUGCUACUGCUCGCUCGGUUCGCACGGCCACCCGAUCCCGCCCGGCGAAGUUACGGAGAGGCACCUCUUCGACUCCGGGGAGGACAUCAAGAUCCCAAUCCCGUGCCCGCUGCGGUUUCCGUUGGGCACGCUUGUCGAGGUCCAUGCCGGGAAGGCAGGCUGGCUGACGGCCAGGGUCACGCGGCAGUUUUAUCGGCCGCACUCGGCAGAUUGGCCCGCUGGCCAGCACUCCGCGUACGAGCUCAGGCUUGACCGCGGAGGCUACAUGCAUUCGCCCUGUGACGUCGGACCGAACGAGGGCAUCCCAGCUGUGCCGCCGUCGCUGCAGGCGUACAUCGAGCGCUUCGUGCCACGGCCAUCCCACGAUCCCGACAGCACGCAGGCUGUGUAUGACAUCAUUGAGUACGCCAACCAGCGGGGCGUGACGGAUUCCGUUCGCUGGACGAUGGCGCCUCCACCGCUGCAGGACGGCCUGGGAUGGCUCGCCCGCCGCUACGCGGACGUCGACUCGCUCGUCGACUUCAUCGAGCGAAGCCACGUGUGCGCAUCGUGCGGCAAAGCGUUGCCUCGCGACGCCUUCUCGGGUGCGCAACUCAAAAGGAGCGCAGCCCUGCGACGCUGCAGGCAGUGCGCGGAGGGCAGCAGAUCAGCGGAAUCAUCCCGCAUCGCGUCUGCCGAGGGGCAGUUUCUUCUGCAGCAGCAGCAGCAGCAGCAGCAGGAGCAGGAGCGGGAGCGGCGGAGGCUGGAAUGGGCAGCAGCACGGAAGCGGGAGCGGGAGGAGCAGCUGCUGCUGCAGCAGCAGCAGGAGGAGGAGCGGCGGGAUGAGGAGGAGCGGCGGGAGCGGCUGGCGCAGGAGCGGCAGGAGCGGCAGCAGCAGGGGCGGAAGCCGCCGCAGGCGCCCCCGCCGGUGGAGCUCGCGCAGGAGAUAUACGACGCGGCGUCGGGCGACCCGGCCUUGCCCGCCACGCGGCGGCAGCUGAAGAAGCUGCUCGCGCGGCUUGACAAGGAGAAAGAGCUGCUGGACGGCGGCGCGAACCCGGCGAUCGCCGUCGGCGGCCUCUCGCCGCUGGCGCGCGCGCGGCAGCUGCACGGCGAGGGCGCCGAGAUAGUCCAGCUCCUCGAGCAGGUGUCAGGGGCAGAGCAGGAGCAGCCGCCGCCGCCGCCGCCGCCGCAGCUUGGAGAGGCCAGUCAGGGUGUGCAGCCGCCGAGGCUCCUCCUCGACCUCGCCAGCCGCGGUGCCAACACCAUCGACAGCGCAGCCGCAGCCGCCCGGAGGGCGGUCGCGUCGAUGUUCGGGACGAUUGCCGAGGGAGGCGAGGUCGAGGAGGGCGAGGAGGAGGGCGAGGAGGAGGGCGAGGAGGGCGAGGAGGGCGAGGAGGAGGGCGAGGAGGACGAGGGCGCAAGCGAGGAGACGCGGCGCAUGCUGCAGCAGCUCGAGAGCGGCUACUCCACCGCGGCGGAGGUGCGCGAUGCACUGCUCGCGCUCUCGGACCUCGAGGGAUACGACGAGCAGCUGGAGCGGGGCCACGCGCGCUUGGAGGCGCUCCGGGCGAGGCUUUCGCCGCUCCACGCGCUCGCGUCCCGCCUGCCCGACGACCUCUGCUCGCCGCCGCGGCGGAGCUACACGGCCCAUCACGAAGUCCUCGGCUCGAGUGUCAACCAGCACGCCUACCCAAACAUCCACAUCGCCCUCGAGCCGCCUCUGCCGCCGCCGCACGCGCUGCAGGCGUGCACGCCGCCACCGGUGCGAGUCGCCCGACACGUCGUGAAGAACGCUCGCUUCUGCAUCUUUAAGCGGCGGCGCAGCUUCCGGCUCGGCGCGGGAUCGGCUGGCGCUGCCGAGGCCUACAGGCUCAAGUGCACGUCGCGUGCGCUCCGCUGGGAGCUCUGCGCGCGCGAGUGA